AUGCUUAUUACUGGCAAUCCUUACUUCUUUUUUGGUCAAAGUCUCCGGGUAAAAGUUGAAAAACAACUUCCUCCGUCUAAUAUAAAUUGGGGAAAAGAAGCCGAAAGAAAAGGUUAUCAACCGAGGAAAAAUUGCCAAUUUUGUCAAGCCACUAAUUUGCUCGGGUUAGCGGAAAAAGUCUUGCCGGAUUUAACAGCCAAAGAAAGAAUGGGAGUAGUAAAUAGCAAUUCGAAUGGUGUUCCUUUGUUAUUAGCUUUGUAUAGUGCUUAUUACCAAAAGCCUGUUCCGAAUGAUAUUGCCGCUACGGGAGCAGUUGAUAAAGAGGGCAAUAUUGGGGCCAUUGGUGGUUUGCAUGAGAAAAUAAUUGCCACUGUGGAAGCGGGAAACAAAACUUUAAUUUUACCAGCCGACCAAAAUUGA